UCAUAAAUGACGCAUUACGGCCUUUGCGACGCAUAUUUUUUUUUGUUUCAAACGGUUUCAAAAACAUUUUUUUAUCUUGUUCUUUUACUUUAUAUUGUAUUGUAUUAUUUUUUAUAUACAUUGGGUGCUGGCAAUAAAGCCCAGGGCUAUUCUGAUGUAGCAUUGAACGUGGCCAAUUUGUGUGUGAAUCAAUAUCUCAGAUCUCUUCGUCUCUGUUUGUUGAAAAAGAAUCAGAAUUGUGAAAUAUCCCUACUAGAUAUUUUUUAGAGAUAUAUAAAACCCAGUGCUAGCUACGAAAAAUGUCGGGGCCGAAGAUAAGCAUAGAGACACCUCAAGAGAAUCAGAUAUUUGAAAUAACUUAUGAUGGAAGGGAAAUUCCUCAGCCGCCGCUCUCCAUGUCGGAGAACCUGGCGCGUCUGGCGGCCAAAAUCGACUGGAGUCGCUCGGACGGGGAGGAAGACGGUGACGAGGCGGCCCCGAGCAGCGCCGAGGGCGACGGAGACGCCGACAGCCAGGUCACCACCUUCCAGCAGCCCACAUGGCCCUGGGAGAGCGUCCGAAACAAAAUACGGGACGCCUACACGGAGGUGUGUGUGCUCUCGGACGUGCUGAGUAUCGCGCGCCACAAGCGGUACAUGGUGUUGGACGGCGUGACACAGGACGCGCCCGAGCCCAAACAGAUCAUCCAGGUCAUCAGCAAGAAAAAGGGGCUGGCGGCGGCGGCGCAGAUUUUGAGCGAGGGUGCCGAGCGGAUGCGGGAGAACUUAGCGGAGCAGAGGCGAAACCGCAACAACAACGACUUCUACACGGAGCUGCUGCGUCUGAGACAGAAGUGGCGACUCAGGAAGGUCGGAAACAACAUCAUCGGGGACCUCAGCUACAAACAGGUGGGCUCGCGGUUCUGGCUCUCCGGCACGUUCGAGGUGAAGAAGGCCGAGGAGAACGCUCCGGCGCUGCCCCCGCCCGCCCCGGGCCUGCCGCCCGUGCCGCCGUCGCCCAUCAUCGUCACUGUGCCCAGCGAGCUGCAGGGGGCCGCCUUCAUCUACGUCACAAUCCGGAAAGAUCAGGAGACGCUGUGCUCGGCGCGUCUGACCCACCCCGGCAGCACGCCUCUGCCCGUACCCCAGUCACAGCACUGGAGCGACCGGCUGGACGCCGCCCAGAACGUGCUCUUCUGCAAGGAGCUGAUCGCUCAGCUGGCGCGCGAGGCAGUCCAGCUGCAGCCCCGUCUGCCUCACAUGGUCAUCGGCAACGAGAUCACCUCCACCAUCUUCCCGGGAAUCCACCUGGUGAUGGGUCUGGCGCACAGCGCCCGGCCCGAGCGGCGGCCGGCCGCCGCGCCGCUGCCGCCCGUGCCGGCCGGCCCGCUGGGGGACAAUAACUACGUGCUGGAGCACUCGCUGCACCAGCUGCUGCGGCACAUGCACCACCGUAACAUGCACCACGCUAUGCCGCACCCGGCCUCGGCGCCCAUGGGCAUGAGCAAGAGGAGACGCCAGGCGGGACCGGGCGCUGCCUCGCGGGGACAACUGCUGAAAAUGGUGGAGAGUGAGACACUACUGGAGAGCAUUAUCCGCCAGGCGCGUCACGUGGUGCUGCGCAUGCGCACUGCGUUCGCCAUCGAUAGCUGCGCGCGGGAGAUCAAGGACCCGCUGAUCGUCACUCACUGGAACUCGGUCAACUCACCCACUCAGUCGUGCUGUAAGGUGAACAUCAUGACGCACGGCUACGACUCUGUCCACCGGACCACUUUCCUCAUUAACGUACUGGAGGACUCUCUGCGCUGUGUGUGCCGUGACGGCCGCGUGAUGACCGUCAGUUACGAGACCUCGGAGCUGCACUAUAUCAUACUGUGCCAGGUCUCUCAGCACAACCUGCUGGCCGCCCAGUCCUUGGGCCGUAUCAUGGGCUGGACGGUGAAGAGCAGCAGCAGCGGACAGGGCGGCGGCGGCGGCGGCGGCGGCUCGGACAGCUCACAGACGGCCCAGUCGGGUGGCGGGGCUGCCUCCUCCAGCUGCGUCCUCUCGGCCCCCGGCGGACACUGCUACGUGGCCGUCCGCUGCCAGCCGCACGGCGAGCCGGUCGCCGUCAGUGUGGCCCAGUCGCCCAAACGGGACUUCUUCCCCACGGCGCUGGUCACCGAACACAAGUGGGAGCAUCUCGGAGGAGCCUUCCGACAGAUCAAAUGGGAGAAGAUGGAGGGCCGCAACUUCCUCAACAAGAUGGAACUACUGAUGGCCAACCUGUCCAGCGGCACCGGCAACAUCAUGUGACCUCACAUCGUCAGCCAUCACUAUAUCACGUGACCCAUCUGUUUGAACGGCCGGGUUGGGAAUAUCAUGCGAUUGUUCCUGGAAGUGUAUGGGAUGGGAUUUCACGAUGUUUUCUUCGCCUUGGCUUGCGCCUUCCAAGCAGUCAUGUGGGCCGAUCGGCGAGGCCUACGGCUUUGUCCGAUGUUAUGGUCUGACUGCAUGAUGACUGCGUUAUAAAAUCAGGUGCUCUGAAGCGUCACGCGAGUAUUCCUGUUUUGUAACACCGACUUAAGGGGGCGGCCACUGACCAUGUGACGCACCCUCCCGAUGAAAUGACCGCAGCAUGUUACCCAUGACCCCAGGUUUACGUGCAUCACGUGACCUGUGAAGUGCAUACAAUUUUUGGGGCGGGUUUGGCAUUUGAUAAAACACGAUCAAUCGUGCGAUCGAAAACAUGUACCGCAUUGAGUGUUUUUACAUCGCAUGUGUUAACAUUUUGAGUAUCUUUGUUUCUGUGUGUUUGCAAAAAAUGUAUAGCGAUAAGGUG